UGUAUAUAAGCAAAACAUCUUGCCUCUGCUUUACAUAACUUACUGGGCAGUUCCGUAUUCGUAACUUUACAUUAAAACUACAUUUCCUACAGUUAUACUGCUGUGGUGGCAUCUUGGGUAAUGUAGUUCAUAGACAGCCUAAAGCGGAAGCGGUAACCCACAACAAAACUACAUUUCCCGUGCGCCGCAGGGUGAAGACGGAAGUGUGUGAUUUCGUGGAAAAAAGUUCUCAUAGUUGUUUUCAUGCCAGUGUAAAGAAAAAAAGUCACGUUUCAGUCGUUUCUCGAGUCUUGUAAGAUUGUGUGAAGCCGUUUGGAGACAUCAAAGUUAUCGACCGAACACAGGGAUCAGUGCCUCUUAAGGAUGGGGAGCGAACCAGGUCCAGUUCAGAUCGUCACGGUGUGUAAGGAGGAUCACUCCUUUGCUUUGGACACGGAGGCGUUGGCCCGCGUUCUGUUGGCCCCUGAGGUCCGAGACAAACAUGUGGUUGUGGUGUCGGUGGCCGGAGCCUUCAGAAAGGGCAAGAGCUUCCUGCUCGAUUUCAUGCUCCGCUACAUGUACAGAAAGGAUGAUGAAGACUGGCUGGGGAAGGAAGAUGAGCCACUGACUGGAUUUUCUUGGAGAGGGGGUUCAGAACCAGAGACAACAGGCAUCCAGCUGUGGAGUGAAGUUUUCCCUGUCCAAAAGAGCGAUGGAACAGAGGUGGCAGUAGUGUUGAUGGACACUCAGGGAGCCUUUGAUAACCAGUCCACUGUCAAAGACUGUGCCACCAUCUUUGCUCUCAGCACCAUGACGAGCUCAGUACAGAUCUAUAAUCUGUCACAGAACAUACAAGAGGACGAUCUGCAGCAGCUACAGCUGUUCACAGAGUAUGGUCGUCUCGCCAUGGAUGAGAUUUUUCAGAAGCCGUUUCAGUCUCUAAUGUUCUUAAUCAGGGACUGGAGUUUUCCCUAUGAGUAUACCUACGGGUUUAAAGGAGGCAAUGAGUUCCUGGAUAAACGGUUACAGGUUAAGGAGACCCAACAUGAGGAGCUGCAGACAGUGAGGGAGCACAUCCAUUCAUGCUUCACCAAAAUUUCCUGCUUCUUGUUGCCGCACCCUGGGCUGAAGGUUGCCACCAGCCCAUCUUUUCAGGGACAACUUAAAGAUGUGGCCCCAGAGUUCAGAGAGGAGCUGCAGAGUCUGAUUCCUAAACUGCUGCAUCCGGAUCAUCUCGCUGAGAAAGAAAUAAACGGAAACAAAGUCACCUGCCGAGGCCUGCUCGAGUUUUUCAAGGCUUACAUUAAGAUUUACCAGGGAGAAGACUUGCCACAACCAAAGACGAUGCUCAUGGCUACAGCAGAGGCCAACAACCUGGCAGCUGUGGCAACAGCCAAAGAUCAGUAUUACAAGAACAUGGAGAAGGUGUGUGGAGGAGACCUACCUUACGUGUCCCCCGACUCCCUGGAGGAAAAGCAUCACUUUUACUUUCGGGAGUCUCUUCACACCUUCUCCUCAACCAAGAAGAUGGGCGGCCAAGAGUUUUGUGACCGUUACCAGGCGCAGCUGGAAAAGGAACUGGAGGAAAUGUGGCAGUCGUUCAGCAAGCACAAUGAGUCAAAAAAUCUCUUCAGUGCUUUCCGGACGCCAGCAGUGCUGUUUGUCCUGGUGUGCCUCCUCUACGUGCUGUCAGGUGUGUUGCUCUUCAUUGGCCUGUCUACCUUUGCCCUCGUGUGUGACUGUACCAUGGGUGUGGUCAUGAUGUCCAUGCUUACGUGGACCUUCAUCCGCUACUCUGGUCGGUACCGGACUGUAGGAGGAGCCAUCGACCAGGCUGCAGGCGUCGUCCUGGAGCAGGCCACUGUAGUGUUGAACAAGUCGAGAGGUCCAAGCACUGGGUACCAGAAGAAAUCCAGUUAGAGGACCUCUGAACCCUCAUAAUCUUGAUGCAAUGCAACCAGCACACAACACAAGCACACAUUCAGGACUAAAGCCUUAUCAUGCCACCCAUUGGAACAAACAUGCAGCUAAACCACAUUGGCGCAAGGUAAAAAAAAAAAAAAAAAAAAAAAAUAUGAUGCCAAUACACCAGCAUCUGUGUUAUGCAUGCUGCUGUUCAAGUCCAGGUUCAUACAUUGGUAAACCAUCCCAGUCCCUCUUACUGAUAUUGCACGUGUUAAAUUGACACUGCCAUCAUUUUACAAGUUUACAGCUGGUCUAUGCGGACAAGUCGACGUUUACCUUUAAACUUAUAAAACACUUAAAUUUUCUAUUUCAGCUGAAUGCAUCCUGCUCGGCUGUUUAUUGUUCAGACUGGGGUAGUCAGGGUGCCUUUCAAAGAAAGCUUCUGCAGUUUAUCUUUAAAAGUGCUAACUUUAAAGCUUAUACAUUUAUAUAUAUUUCUUUUUUUUUUUCUUUGUGGCCUUAAAAUCAUUCCGUUCUGUUUGUUGAUUUGCCUUAUAUUUGAUAUAAAUUCAGCAGUUUUUUUUUUUUUAAGGCAGAUUAACUGUCACUACAUUGAAAUGAGAAGAGGAUGCGCACUUUCCAUACGGCACAGCGGGUUUUGGAGGCUGCAUGUAAUGGGAAUUCAGUUGGAUCUCGUUCGUUUCAUGUGCUUUUCCAUUUAUUCCUUGAUGGAAACGUGUUAUGCUUUGUAGAUUUUGAUACUGUUUGUUACACUCUCCCAGGGAAGUUAUAUAUAGGAACUUGUAUUCUGCAAAAUUUUCCAACUCCAAACACGAACAGAAGAUGAUGUUGAGCACCCAACAUAAUAAAACUAGCGACCAGUAAGCCAAAGAGUUAACUUUAAAUAUUUGAAUUAUGCUUUGGCCUUGUACUCUCUUCAAGCCUCAGUGGAUAUAAGCUAAAGUACAGUAUAGUGCAUUGUAAACAGAGGAGCUUUCAUCCCUCAACAUUUUAGCGAAGGCUGUAGUGAACUCAGACUGAACAUGUGUUGAUCAGUGUUAAACAUACAUGGAACAAAUAACAAGCAUGAUGAUUAAAUAGACAAAAAAACAAAAAACAGAAGUAAUAAGCAGUCAAAGCCUAUAGAAAAUAGGACUGAGUUGUUUUCCUCCUGUGGUUUUUUUUUUUACCAAUGUCUCAAUUUUCAGUCAAACUUGGUAAUCUAUUGAAUCUAUCUAUCUAUUUAGUUCUGAAAAAUCCUCAAAAUGUAGUCAUGUUGGUGUAUUUGCGCCUCAGAAAUUACUUCCUGAUGCCUUCAGGGACCAUUUGCAGCCUGUGCUGUGAGAAAACACUGUGCGCUACCUCGCUGUCUGGCAGUUUAUUGAGUUAGCAUUGGUGAUCUGGCUGCAGUUGAAAGGGAUAUUUCAACUAUUUCACAGUUAAGUUUAACCGUGUAAGAAAACUGCGUCAAUCUAAAACUUCUUACAGAAGUGUCUUGGGUUCUCCUCCGCUUGCACUCAAUCAGUCGGUUGGAUUUUUCAAAAGUCGUACAGGGAAUUAAAAAGGUGAACUAAACGGUGGAUUUGUUAGAUUUUAGGUUCCCUCUGUGAAGACGGGCUUCUCAGAGUCAGACAUUGGAUUAAAGGACUCUGAUUAUUUUCCUAGAUCUCUGAAUAUGGUGAAAUGUAGAUUCCUUUGACAAACAUUGCAGAAGCAGAAUAACAAGAAUUUAGUAAUUUAUUAAAAUAGGACUUUUCGCAGCCACAAGAUUGUGUGACCUGAAAGCGAAAAUGGGACUCUGUAGUCAGCGAUGAAUUUCAGUUGUGCACUCAGACAGCGACACUUGUACAUCUAGACACAGUGGAGACACAAAAAGCUGAUAAACGGUGCUUUAAUCUCACAGUCAUUCCCUGAUACUCUGGUUGUAAGUCGUAAGAACACAGGGCCGAAAAAUAAACGUGUUACUAUGCAGGAUGAGAGGCUUUCAUGAUUUUUUUUUUAAACACAUUCCACUUCAUGUCUUUUCCACAAGAGGAGGAAAAUUCAAGAUGUUGUACAAGCACUUACUAUUGCACUUCCCCUCCUCUUUGGUGCUUUUUGCACACAGCUCAUUCCAAAAGAGAAUAAAUGCUUGCCAUGUUGUAGUAACAGCUAAUGUAAUCAUCUCCUACACAGGGCUAUGUCUUGACUUGAGAAAUUCUGUUUUGUAAAGAAUAAACAGAACUUGAAACUG